AUGAAGUUUGUUACGGCGGUGUUCAAGGCUUAUCUUAGCGAACAGAAUAUUGAUCAUUUAGGUAGUUCUCUCAAAAAAGCGGGAAUGGACAACAAACUUAUGGAAUUCUUCCCUCCUAACAAACGUGAUGAAGAAUAUUUUGCUCGUUAUUUUGAAGCUGAGGAUAUGAAGCAGCUUGUUGAGUAUCAUAAUCAAAAACAAAAAAAUUCAAUGAAAGAACAAACCAUUGAUCAUGUUAAAGAGAUGUUAAAAGCCGAAAACACCCCCACAGAGGAAUCAGACUUUGUGAAGGUCGUUUGGGAAUCAAUGAUGCAAGCUGUUGACUGGGGUUCUCGUGCAGAACAAAUUGAAUCACAAGCUUUGCGUCAAGUUAAACAAUGUUCCACUAUUCUCGGUGCAUUUGCUACCAAUCCGAAGACAGAACUUGCACUCAUACAAAAGGUUCAAACGUAUUGUUACGAAGAUACAAAAUUGAUGAAACAUUUUCGUCAAAUUGUACAAAUUCUGUAUAAUGAAGACGUUGUCUCAGAAAGUGCUAUUUUAUAUUGGUUUGAAAAAGGUGCUGUAAAUAGCGGCAAGACGGUAUUUUUGAAACAAAUGGAGCCUUUUGUACAAUGGCUUAAAACCGUCGAUAGUGAGAGUGAAGAAGACUAA